AUGUUCUUUUGUCAGGGAUUCAAGCGCAAAUCCGACUUGCAACGACACUACCGAAUUCACACAAACGAUCGGCCGUUCCCGUGCCCAGCGCCAGGCUGCGAGUCAAGCUUCAUCCAGAGAAGUGCUCUGACGGUGCACCUACGAAUCCACACUGGAGAAAAGCCCUAUGAGUGCCAGUAUCCCGGCUGUGAUAAGCGGUUCGCAGAUCUUUUCUCGACACCGUCGAUUACAUGUAGGCAAACGCCCUUAUACAUGCGCCGUUGCCACGUGCAGGAAACAGUAAGUUGA